GGCAAUCGCGCCUCAUGUGAAGCUCACCUAAGGUGUUAGGUGUACGUAGCAAUCCUUCUGACAGGCGCUGCUGUAAUCGACCGCACUGCACUCCGGGCACCUAAACGCUGCAGAAAUACUAUCUUCGUUGAUUUGGCCCAACGAUCGAGCCGCUCUCGCCGAUUUCAAUCGCGUUGGGCCGGUGACGUGCCGGUCCAGGAAAACUGCCAGUGCAGGCGUCUGCAUGGAUAUGAGUGGGUUAUUAAUUCAACUAGCCACUUGAGGGGCGCUUGGCGGUGCGGCGGGAAAGCAUUCGACGGCCGCGACGAUUCGUAGGACCGCAAGCCGCUUGACGCCUAAGGCGUGCUCUACAGACCUUAGCUACCGCCACCUAGCCAUGCAGCCUCGUGACGCGGCCCCGCUUGUAAUAAGCGCAGUGGCGCCUGCAGCAGCAGCAGAUGACGGCCGCCGCCUGCUGCACGCCACGCAUCCCUGCGCCGCACCACCCAUGACAAAUCGUGGCAACGUCUCAACGCCGCCGGCCGCAACGCCCGCCGGCUCCUCGCCACAAGCCCAUUUGGCAUCUUCAAGCCACCCCGUCGUCGCCGCCUCCCUCGCCGGCGCGCCCUCUCCCACACCAGGCGCGGGGCUGCUUCUGGCACCAGCAGCAGCGACAGCCGCACACACCGCAGCCCACACCACUGCCCACACCUCGUCGCACCAGCUACCGGCAGCCUUGGUGGACGCAAGUGGCAGCCACGACCCCUCGGACUGUGCCGCCGACUGGUCGUCGUACUUCCUUACCGCCUCCCUGCCCACGCCCUCAUACAGCGGAGGGCUGCCCCGUGUGCCGCCUAGCCACGGCGGCAGCGGCACCGCUGUCGGCGGCGCUUCCCACCACCCCUGCGACGGCGGCACUGGCGGCGGCGCCCACGCCGGAUACGGCUCACACCUUAUGAUCCAGAACCUGCACAGCUGUGCCACCAUCCCCGUCACCGCUACAACCUGCACCACCACCGCCACCACGGCGGCUGCUGCGCCCUCUCCUUCGUCGUCGUUACUGGCAGCCGCGGUAGUUUUCGGACCUGGCGCCGCCGCCGACGCCGCCGCCGACGACGCCGCCGCCGACGCCGCCGCCGACGACGCCGCCGACGACGACGCUAGCGUGGCACAUGCCAGCCAUGCGGCCUAUGCGGCCCACUCGCCGUCGCGACCGCUGCUGCCACGCGUGCCGCGCCAUUCCACGGAUGCGACAGGCCCCACCGGCGCUGGUUUGCACGGCGGCGCCGCCGCGCCCGUAGUAGCAGCCGCCGACGUGACGCUUCUGAUCGUGGGCCGGGCGAGCAAUGCCAGCGGCGGAGGCGCCGCCGACGGGGCCACUGGCGCCAGCGGCGGGCUGCUGCCGCUGUCUCAGCAGCUAUUAGAGCUGCCGCUGUUUGUGUUGGAUCCACGACAUGAGGGCGUGUUGCCCGUGCCCGUGCCCGUGCCCGUGCCGGAGCUCGGGCCUGCUGGUGGUGGUGGUGGUGGUGGUGGUGGUGGUGGUGGUGGUGGUGGUGGUGGUGGUGGUGGUGAUGGUGGUGAUGGUGGUGGUGGUGGUGGUGGUGGUGGUGAUUGUGAUGGUGGUGGUGGUGCGGCGGUGGGCGCAGGGGCGGGCGCAAGGGCUGCUGACGCUGGGAGCGCUGAGUUUGCCGCCGCCGGCGGGGCUGCUGACGCUCCCUUUGGUGUGGUGGUCGUCUCCGCCCUCGGCGACAGCAAUGAUGCUGGCGAGGCUGCUGACGUGGACGGUGCCGCCGCCGCCGCCGGCGAGGGGCAGCGCUUGCCGCUGCUGCCUGCUGGCAAGAGGUCUGCUGCUGCAGCCGCCGCCGCAACAGCAGCCGCAGCCACAACAGGAGCAGCACCACCAGCACCACCUGCACCACCAGCUGCACGAGCUGCAACCGGUGAUGGGGCCAAUGUCAGCCCCAUGGUGACAACAGCGCUCGGCACAAAUGGUGGUGACGCUGGCACCGCUGGCGCCGCCGCCGUGGCAGCAGCAGCCGCCGCAGGCCUGCACUCCUCCUGCUCGCCCGUGCUUCACCAGCCGCACACGCCAGCACUGGGGCCCGACGCACGGUUACACGACCUCUUACUGUCCGCGGCGGCCUCGGCAGGCCCUACUGCCGUGGCUGCAGCCGCAGCAGCAGAGGGCGACGGCGACGCUGCUUCGGUUGCAACCGGCGCUUCUCCAUCCACCUCAGCGGCGGCAGCGGCGGCGGCGGUGGCGGCGGCGGCGGGGGUCGAAGCGGUGGGUGACGUGCCGCGGAGAGCGUUGGCCGCCGGCGCGCAAGCGCCCGUCGUGCCGCGGCGGCUGCACAGCAGCAGCCCGCAGCCCCGUCAGGUGGCGGCGCAGCACCAGCACCAGCAUACGGCGCAGCAGGCGUCGCAGCAGCGGCGGGAGCAGCACCGCCACGGUCGCCGCGAAUGCGACCCAGGCUUCGUUCCUGCAGCGACCGCCGCCGCAGCAGCAACUGCAGCUGCGGCGCCGGCAACGCCAACACCUGGCGUCGCCACCGGCCGCGCCGCCAUCAGUUCGGGCAUCUUGACGACGACGCCGGACGCCCGCAUCAGCGCCCCCGGCGGCGCCACCACCGCCACCGCCGCCGCCACACACGCCUCUGCUGCCUCCUACUUCGGUACCGGCACAGGCUCUGUGUCUGCCUCGCUCGCGGCGACGCUCGCAAGCAUCUGCCGCCGCCUGCGUGUACAGGAUAGCAACAGCGCCGCCAGCAAAACCCAGAGCCGCGGCGGCGGCAGCAACACCAGCUCCAGCGGGAACUGGACGGGUUCGCGAGCCAUGGCGCUGCUGGCUACUGCUGACACCGUUGCCCCUGCUACUGCCGGUGCUGCCGAUGCUGCUGCCGGCAGGGCCUCAGGUGCUGGCAGUGCUGCCGACGCGCUGAGUGCACGGCAGCAGGUGGCGGCAGCUGCUGGAGCCGCGCCAUUGAUGACCCCAUACCCAGUGGCGGCAGCGGCGGCGACGGCCAGGGCGGCGGCGGCGGCAGGGCCAGCUGGCACAGGUGCAGGUACGCUUGCCGCCGGCCAUGAGACCUCUGGCGGCGACGGCGGCGGCUCGCCGCUGCGUAGCAGCGGGUCAACGGCAGCAGCAAUGCCCGCGAGCGCGGCGGCAAGGGCAACGACAGCGGCGACGUGCGGCGAUUACAUGAGCGCCCGGCCUAGCAGUGGCGGCGCCGCUGCGGGGUCGGGGUUCAUGCGGGGCCUGCGCCGCCGCGAGUGCAGCAGCGGCUAUAUCCCGGAGGACUCGGCAGUGGAGCCGGAGGGCGCGCUGAGUGCCAUCGGGUACGUCAGCUUGUACCGCGGCAGCGUAGGCGCCGCCAGCGGCGCCGUCCGCGCCGCCGGCGGCGCACCUGUUAGCAGCAGUGGCGGCGCGACGGGCUCUCUGUCCAUGUCAACGCCCAGCGCCCUGCUGGCCGCACCCGGCCAUUCCACUGCUGCCGCCGCCACCACCACAGCUGCCGACAGCGUCGGCGGUGGCGGUGCUGGCGCCGGCGUCGGCGGUAUCAUUGGCGGCGGCAGCCCUGCCGCCGCCAUCUCUGCCUCCACUGACGGCGGCGGCGGUGGCGGCGCCGCCGCCGGCAGGCCAAAUCGCCUGACAGUGGCUCAGGCGGUUCGUAUCAGCUCCACCUGGGGCCCCGCCGUCGCCGCCGCCGCGGCCUCCUCCUCGGCGGCUACUGCCACAGCCGCCGCCUGUAAACAGCGCGGCAGGAGCGGCGGCCGGCGGCGAUACGAUGUCGACGUCGAUAAUACCCACCGCAACAACCGCUACAUGCAGCACAGCUGGGGCUCUGGCAGCGGCGGCGGCAGUGCCUCCGCCGCCAGCAGUGCCUCCGCCGCCGUCGCGGCAGCGGCGGCGGCGGCGGCGGCGGCGCCGCUGCAGUCCACUGCCUCCGCCGCAUCGUCACCGAUGCCGACACAGCUUACAAAUGCAAGCGGCCGCAACCUUUGGGAAGUAGUCUUGCAGUCGUCGCCCGGCCCGCCGCCGGCGCUUGCGACGCCGGAGAUGGUCGCUUUGCACCUAUCAGGUCAUCAGGGCGCGUCACCAGCCUUUGCUCCACAAUAUCGUGUAUUGCAGCAUCCGCUGCCGCCGCCGCACUACGGCUACAGCUCACACACGAGCGGCGCGCCGCACUCACGACCCGGCACGCACGUCGCCUCCAGCUCCGGCGGCCCCUCCUCUGAAACCUCCGUCGCCGCGGCGCUGGCGCUGGCGCGCGCUGCUGCGCGCAUCUCCAUCACUGCUGUAGACGUGGCCUGGGGCUUCGCGCAGCCGCCGCUGCCGCCGCCGCCGCCACCUGCUGCCCUGAUGAUCGCAGUUGCCGGCGCUGCCGCAGGAGGCGGUGCGAUCGGAGGUACGUCAGCGGGUGGUGCGUCCCGUGGCGAGGGCGGCGGUGCGCCGCCGCGGCCGCCGCGGCGCGGGCUGACGCCCACGGAACUGGGGUUGUUCGGCCUUAGCCCCGGACAGGAGGUGGUGUGGGUGUCGGAUGCGGAGGACGGCGGCGGCAGCACGACGUGCUCCCGGUCCCGGACAGGAUCGCUGCAGGGCGAGUCUGCGACCGCAGCGGCAGGCACAGCGGCAGGCGCAGCUUUUGGUGGCCGCCCAGAAGCGGGCCUGCGACAGCCGUGGGGCGCGGUGGAGGUGCAAGAGGUGCAGCAGGCGCAGCGGCAGACAUGUGGCCAGGAGGGGGAGCAGGUGCAGGGGUCGGAUGAGAUGAAUGCUGUCGGCACGCCCCAAGCACACGGCGCAGCGGCGGGUGCGGCAGCAGCGGCGGUGGCGGUGGGACCUCAAUCAGUAGCUGCAGGAGCAGCAGCAGCAGGAGCAGCGGCAGCAGGAGCCGCAGCAGGAGCAGCAGGAGCCGCGCUUCCGGCGGCCGCCGGGGUGGCGGGAGCAGAUGCCGGUGGGCGGAGGUCGAAACCUGUUGGCAAUGGGAGCGGCUGGCUCGCUGGGUGUUUUGGCUGCCGCCACUGGUAUGACUAGAUACAUUACCUAAGCAAUUGUUGGGGUCAAUCGCUUAGGUUACAUUGCCUUGCUUGCGGCAUGCCUUGCUGCUGCCGGGUGAUGUUGGUGUACAAUAUGAGACUGCUGAGUUUGAGAGAGGGCGGGCAUACCGUAUAUCGCGAUGCAGGAGUGGCGGACCGGCGCGGGUGCUCGCGGGAAUGGGCGUGGUGCGUGCUGACGUGUCCUGUCAGCAUUCUCAAGAUUGCGGGCAUUGCAAAGGUGGUGGGGCGCUCAAGUGGCGUUUCGCCGAUGGCUCACUGCAUCAUACGCGCAUGCAGCCGGCAUUGCUGUACACAUACCGUACACUCACCGUAACUGUGAUUGUAGCGACUCGUUGCAUGCGGCGGGUUUGCGCUUUGCUGGAACGUGAUGUGACCCGCCCGUCAUUAAGCAAAUGUGGCGGCAAGGCAUAGCGGCGCGUUGCAUGUCCAUGCAUAGUCCGCGCCUGUUCCUAGACGUAUGCGAUUGUGUACAAGCACCAUGCAUGAUGCACCUACGGCAUGUGUCUAACUAAAUGACUUCCGCCGAAUGGCACGAAUACAUCUGCGCAGUGUUGAACGCUUUGCGCCCUGUGCUUACGGGCCCUGGAGCUAAUAACCUGUUAGCACACUUGUGUGUCUGGUUGCCUCCAUGAGUCCAUGAGUCUGUCUGGCGCAUUACACGCCAGUAGCAUCUUUUUUUUUUGCUCGUGGCCAUCUUGCUACCUGUAUCAUUACCAUGUACAAUAAUGCGCGGCAAGUAAGCUCGUAGCCUGGAUGGGGCAACUGGGAUUAGACGUGAGACACGCACACACGGAUGCGCCACAGCUACUAGCUCAUGGCACAGGACGUCGUGGGCGUGAGCAUCGGGGGCGGCGCGGGUGACACAAUCUAUCAUCACAUACAUGGUUCCUUGGCUAUUUGUAGCAGCGCGGACAAAGCUGGUGGGUUGGUUGAAGGCGGCGGCGGUUUCUUGUCUGGCAUGGCGUACGGAUCGGUGUUUUCUGAGAUGCGUGCCUCCGCUGCCUGCCCUGUGCUGUGGGCGGCGGCUUGCCGGCAAGAGCGCAAGUCUGGCAGGAUCAGGGCGAUCCCACGACUCAUGCCGGGGGGGGGGGAGGGGCCGGGUGGCACCUACAGACGACCCAGCAUGGGCGCGGGGCGGUUGCCGGGGUAACGUACGUAUGCAUGUGUGUGGGCCGGUAAGUGUGCAUACGGCGGAUAGGUCCGCAGCAGCCGCGGAGCCUCGGAUUCUGCAUUGGGAGGAUUUGCAGUGACCGUACCAAGGCAGCAGGCGAAUUGGGGCUUGCGGGCACAGGCUGGUCAGGGCGGCAGUUGCUUGGCUCGAGCAAGCAGUAUUCAUCAGUUGCAAGGGGCACCCCUGCACAUUGCCAUCUAUCAUGGAGGGAGGGGUUCGUUGGCCUGAGUUGGCUCUUUGCAUUGAUAUAUUUUUUGAUUGCGUGGUUGCGCCGGAUUGUAUGCACGCGCGUCUUGAACUUCUUGGUUACGGUAGCAGCAGGCGAACAACGUUGCGGUCAGCGGGCUGGUACUGCUGCCAUGGGCUUGGGAAUCCUGUGUGCCGUUUUACUCGCGUGCGUUUUACAGGAUCGCGAACUUAAACCUGAAGGUGCCGGUCGGCGCCGAUGAUGACGAGUGGUAAUGCAGCCUGCACUGGAUUUGGAUGGCUUGAGCAGGUUGGAACUGGUUGGAACGUUGCUUGCGUGGACACUGACACUGAGAUCCGGUGCGCACGUUGUCCUUCACUGUGUUUGUUUCUUAUACCGCAUUGUUGAGCUGGCUGAUGAAUGCGGUGAAGACUGCGGUCAGGUUGGACGCAGGGUGUAAAUACGCGCGGCG